AUGGGGAUACUUAUCUCACGCCAUGUUAUUCCAGCCAAUGCGGCGAGCCGUCGAGCGCUUCAGGUGUUCAACUGGGUGGCGCGCGACGUCAUGCUUUAUGCGACGACCGCCGGCUCACCGCAACAAACACGGCUCUCCGUCCUAUUCUCGCGUACCUCCAUCGUCUCAACCUCCGAGCACUCCGGUAAUACACUACAGCUGGUCGCCAACAUAUAA